AUGGCCGAUGACCAACCCGAGAAACUUCCCACUCCAGCUUCAUGUACCGCAGACUUUUGUCUUAUUCCAUUAGGAACUCCUACUGCAUCCGUCUCGCAAGAAAUUGCAGCUGUCCAACGACUUCUCAAGAAAACGGGAAUUAAGUAUUCAAUGCAUUCUGCAGGAACUACUCUUGAAGGAUCAUGGGAUGAAUGUAUGAAAGUCAUCGGUCAAUGUCACGCAUUUUUACAUGCGAGAGGAGUGGUACGGAUUCAAAGCGAUAUUCGAGUGGGUUCAAGGACGGAUAAGAAGCAAGGUUUUGAGGAUAAGGUCAAGGCUGUGGAAAGAUUGUUGGCGGAGGAUGAUGAUGACAAUAACAAUAAGAAUGAUGGGGAAGAUGAUGAGGGUAUUACCUAUACGAGAUGA